AUGGUGUUGGCAACUGCUACUCUUGAUUAUCAUCAUGUACAAACAAACAAUCAUUUGUUUGUGAAGAAACCUCAUCUUAUCGAUGAAACUCUUCACUUUCAUCAGGAAAAUGAUGCUAUCGACCCCAAGCAGUUGAUUGGUGAGGCUCUCCACCAGCGGGUGGAAGCUGUGGACCAUGAAAUGUGUGAUCCUGGCGAUGAGGAUACCUUCUAUGUCGCGGAUCUAGGAGAUGUCUAUCGCCAGCAUCUUCGCUGGAAGAAGAAUCUUCCUCGCGUUAGGCCAUUCUAUGCCGUCAAGUGCAACCCCGACCGCAAGGUCAUCAAGCUUCUCUCGGCACUUGGCACUGGCUUUGACUGCGCCUCCAAGACGGAGAUUGAGCUGGCUCUUUCGAUGGGUGUCAAGCCCGAGAGCAUCAUCUACGCCCAGCCCUGCAAGACGAACUCUUAUGUUCGUUACGUCAAGUCUGCUGGCGUCAAGCAGAUGACUUUUGACAACGCCGAUGAGCUCUACAAGAUUGCCAAGCUCUUCCCCGAUGCGGAGCUCUUCCUCCGCAUCAUGACUGAUGACGAAUCCAGCCUGUGCCGUCUCAGCAUGAAGUUUGGUGCCGCCAUGGAUACUACCGAGAGCCUCCUUGCUCUCGCCAAGAGCCUCGGCCUCAAUGUUGUUGGCGUCAGCUUUCACGUUGGAUCUGGCGCUUCGGACCCCAUGGCCUUCUUCAAGGCUGUCCGUGACGCCCACAACGUCUUCCAGAAGGCUCGCGAAUACGGCUUCAUUCUCCGAACCCUGGAUGUCGGAGGUGGUUUCUGUGGUGACACCUUCGAGGCCAUGGCCGCCGUUCUUGACAGCGCGCUAAACGAGUUUUUCCCUCCUCACAGCGAUGUCAACAUCAUUGCGGAGCCCGGGCGAUUCUACGUGUACUCUGCCUUUACCAUUGCGUGCAACAUCAUUGCUCGCCGCACCGUCGAGGAUCCUACUCUCGAUGGUAAGGGCUACAUGGUGUACGUCAAUGAUGGCGUCUACGGAAACUUCUCGAGCAUCAUGUUCGAUCACCAGAACCCCGUUGCCAAGAUUUUGCGCACCGGUGGCCGCACUCUAUACAACACACCCUAUGCCAACUCUGUUCCAGCUGGCGAGGGCGUCGAGUAUUCUGUCUGGGGCCCAACCUGUGACGGCAUCGACCGCAUCGCGGAGAGCAUUCGCUUCGACCCCGUCUUGGACGUAGGCGACUGGCUCUACUUUGAGGAUAUGGGUGCCUACACCAAGUGCUCAGCCACCCAGUUCAAUGGCUUUUCCAACUCGCACGAUGUCAUCUACGUGUGCAGCGAGCCUGGUGCCAAGGCUCUUCUCGAGCUGUAA